AUGUCUGAUAAUAAUAGUGAAAUUAUUUCCACUAAGCAUAAAAGCAAAACCAAAGAAAAAAAUAAUAUAACAUCUAAAAAACCUAGAAAAAUAUUAACUGGUAAGCAAAAAAAAAUGUUAUAUCAAUUUGCACAAGAUAAUCCAAACUUUACUCAACAAGAAUUGACAGAUAAAUUUGAAAUCGGUCGAACAACCGUAGCUGAUAUUCUUGCACAAUCAUUAUAUUGGCUUGGUCUAGAUAAAGAAAAAAACUAUUUAAUAAUUACAGUGUUAAUUUUACAAGAAAAGGCCAAACAGGUUGUAGCAACUUUAAAAAUUCAAAAUUUUGCU